AUGACGGCCCGUUCAACCUGGAUUGAGCGUGGUCCAGACGGCCGUCCUUACUUUGUCAGAAAGAAGUCAAAUUUGCCGUCUACAAGGCAGAUUUUUUCCCAGACAUUGCUCCGUCGAAGCGCUCGCUCACUCUUCUCAUCUAGGGACUCGCGCCAGAAUCACCACGUCCAGUGCGUCAAUGCGGCCGACGGCGAGCUCGUUCUGCCUGCGCCUACCUCGCCCAACCCUCCUGCAGCUCCAAGUACUCAUCCGACUGCUCCAAUGGCUCCCACCUCUCAGCCUCAACCGCAGCCUGUCACCAUGUACCUUCUUCCUCCCCAGCAUGGUCAGAAUCACUUAGACUCCCGACAGAAAAGCAGCAGUCAAGAACAUGCCACGAAUCCACCAAGCCAAUUUAUCCCAGCACCUACUCCACCGGGCAUUUUCCCAAUCGGACCAUUCCCACCUCACCCAAUGGCGCCUCCGCCGCCGAACUUUUUCGCACCACCCAUGCAAUUCCCAUCUCAACCUCAGUCGUUCCUGGCUACGCCACCAGCUGUUCCACCAGGUGUACAUACAAAUACAGUUCCAGCACCGACUCAGCCAUAUGGACCCCAAAUUCCGCUCCCGGGUCCAAUACCCACGCACGGGGAAGCGAGAUACAAGUGCGAAAUAUGCGGGCGAUAUCGGUCUGCUCGUUAUCACUACAAGCACCCAAUCCAACCAGGACAACUUCCCAGCAAGACAAUCUGUCGGAAAUGCAGGGAGGAGGCGACGGACACUGAAGAAGCCGAUAGUUCAGACAGUGUUCAAUCGCGCAGAUCACGGCACUACCAUUCGCGUGCACCAUCGCGGCGAAGGGUAUCGACCUCUAGGUCACAGAGACACCGAUCGCGAAGUCGAGCUCGAUCAAGAGGUCACCCCAAGCUAAUCGACUACGACUACGGACCGUACAGGGUUCCGUCAUAUACGGAUUCGAGCUCUUCGAGCCAUGAGGAAGAGCCACAUAGUGCUCGGAGACGAAGAAAUCGCCGCCCUGGAAAUGCUGACGCAGGCUUGGUCAGGCGCAUUCGGCGACUUCGCCUCUCCCCCCUCGGAGAGCGUACCUACUAUGACGAUGAUUGUGGAGGACGCGGACGAAAUUACGAGGACGAUUUCAAGGACAGAGAAUAUGAUGGUGAGACUGUUGGGAGACUGCGAUCACGCUCGAGACAGCCAACACCGGGUCCGAGAAUUCUUCAAAGACAGUACUCGGAUCCCUUUGUCAGGACCCCCUCAAUCGAAAAUCCCGCAACAAGCCGGCAGCCCUAUUUUUGGGGACCACUGCAUGCUCAGCCACGAGAGGGAUAUUCUCCCCAACGCGGGCCAAUAUCGCCCCGCAGCAAACAUCCGUCUAUGACCAUUCAACAUGCCACACACCGCUCACGGAGCGUUGGUGAUUCAGAGAACGCACAUGAAGCUGACCAGCGAAGGCCGAUACGGCUGCGAUCCAGAUCUGCCCAGCGAGGUCGCGACCACGACAGACACAUGAUGCAUGAAGAUGAGGACGACAUCCAAGAAGAGAAUGGCCGUCUAGGGAUACAUGCGCCUAGUCCACCGCCCAUUCGUUCGUCCUCCUUGGGAUACAUAGGUGCAGCUGAAUUUGGCGAGGGCGAGCGUCGGCAAGCUCGCUCCGGGAGAGGCCGACGUCGACGGUCACGGUCCCGAUCCCGGGAAGACGAGCACUCGAGGUCUGGAAUCUUGCGGCCCGGGGAUGAAUUGACAGUGAUUGAAAGACACGAGCUAAGAGCCAGGGGGGAUUAUGACUGGUAUGAUGGUGGUGGGAUGAGGGUCAGGGUGCGCGAGAUUUCACGGUGA